CUCUCUCUCACUUCUCUGCAAGCUGGCCGGGGUGAGGCGGGAGGGCGGCGCCGCGACGGCCGCCGGCGGAGGGGGCGUGCGAGCGCUGCGGCUUCUCCGCCUCCUCGUCCCGCUCGGCCGACGUGGGCGCGCUCGUGUCGUCGCGCGCGCCGGCGAACGCGUCGGCACUGGCAGCGGCGCCGGCGACGCGUACGCGCGGUGGGACGCGGUGGUGGGGUGCCGGGUGCUCGCGGAGAUGUACCGGCCGUGGUCUCCUAACACGGCGGCGUUGCAGCACGUACGUGGUUGGUUGGUUCGUUGGCUUCUUCUCGGUUUGUUCGAGGUCGCGAGAGGGAGAGGAAUCGAUGGAGAGAGAGAGGCGGCGGCAGAAAAGGUUGGAGAAGGGGAGGCAUUGGAGAAGUCAAGAAACAAGAACCCAAUCACCGUUGAGAUUGGAGGAUGGACCUGAAGAAGAUGAAGGCUUGGAUCUCUAAUUUACUCCACCGUCGAGUGCCUGUGGCUGCUGUUGUUCCGUAGUCUUCCGCUGUUUUAUUUGUUUAUCUUUGAGUGUGAGGGCCUAGAGUCGCCCAUGUAAUAAAGUUCUUCCUUUACGUUUCCGCUAGUGUGGCUUGUAAUAAUCAACAAUGUCUAUGUGUACCUCGCCUCCUGGGACGAGGAUUAAUGCACUGAGCGUUUGGCAAUGGUGUAUAUUUCCGGGCGUGACAAGUUGGUAUCAGAGCCACCUUGACCGUAGGACGAGCCAGUGGUCUAAGCCUUAGGAUGAUAUUUUUUUUAGAAACUAGUUCUUUAAUUGUGAAAACCUUCGUUAUUCUAUCUUCACCUGUCCACUCUUUACAAAACUGGUCAUUGACUCUUAUUUCAAAAUGUUGUAGAUGCCUGAGUUCGAGACUACCCGCUGCUUCAACUUGGCCGGUUUUGUGGAGCAACUUCGUGCCUUGGCCGCUGAAGUCGGAUACUGUAUCACUAUGGAGUACCGCGUGGUUCUCAACUUCGAAGACGAGGGUGUACUUGAACCACUUUGGAGUGCCAAGGUGAUGAUCAUCUCCAACCGGAUGAUGCUAGAAAGUUGCUGGUUCACAGGAGAAGGUGACAGCCGUGAAUCUGCCUGCCAAGAAGCUGCAUUCCAUGCCAUUGGGGCCCUUUGCCAGAGUCACUCCGACCAGUUGAAGACCACUCUGUUCCACUACCACCCUGCUCGCUUGGGUUUCGCAGAAGAUGCUGACUUCCGCGAUGCCCGCAAUGAAGGGGACACCACCAUUGUGCACAUGUCCAAGAUGAUGGCCGCGAUGGACAAGUACCGUAUGGUCUACUACAGGAUGACGGAGAGGAUGUUCGAGGCAGUGCUUCAGAAGAAUCGUGACAAGGAGAAUGAGCUUCGCGCUCUACGCAAGGAGCUGAAGGACUUGAAGAGUGGGAUGCCUGGAACCGUCGUCAAGACCCUACCACCUGUUGGAUCAAGCGCCUGUCCUCGCCACGGCAUCAGCAACGUGGAUGAGCCAUUUGUGGACCGUAGCCCCUCUAGGAGUCGUUCUCAAGAGUAGACGCGAAGUCUUAGUGCGCGUAUGUUUUUAUCGUUUAUCUUCUGCUGGAGUUUGUUGCCUUGUGUGCUUUUUGGUAUGGACUAUAUCGGCCCGUUGUGAUAUAGCUAUACCUUUGUGGUGCUUAAGCAACUUGAACUCUAUGUAACCAACAUCACAUUAAUAAAAUUUAAAUAAGUUGGUUUAAUAGCUCGUGUUCUUGUCCUGAUCUCUCCCUUCUUCUUUUCCCUCUUAUCUUGGUUACUACAGAUGGUGAACACAAGGAGUACUGCUGCUAACAAUGCUCGUGCUAGGAAUUCAGCUCAGAAUCAGAAUCAGAACCAGAACCAGAAUUAGGACCAAGGCCACGCCCCUCCACCACCACCGCCGCCACCUCCGCCAAUCCAUGAUCACCCCAACUUAGCACAAGUGCUCGCCAACCAAAACCAAUUCAUCGCAGCUUUGCUCCACCAAAUGCAAAACCCGCAAGCACCCGCUGCUCAAGCUCACGUACACGCUCCACCGCAGUCAAAGCUGUCGGAAUUCCUCCGAGUCCGACCUCCUAGUUUUUCAAGCACAACCAACCCUGUCGAAGCAAAUGACUGGUUGCACGCGGUCAAUAAGAAGUUGGACCUCAUCCAGUGUACUGAUGAGGAGAAAGUCGCUUUCGCCGCUCACCAACUGCAUGGACCUGCUUCCGAGUGGUGGGACCACUUCCAGGCCACCCAGCCAGUUGGACAAGUUAUUACUUGGGCUCGUUUCUCUACUGCUUUUCGUAGAGCUCACGUACCUGUUGGAGUUGUAGCACAGAAAAAGAAAGAAUUUCGUGAACUCAAGCAAGAUGGCAGGACCGUAACUGAAUUUUUGCACGACUUCAACAUGUUGGCUCGAUAUGCUCCUGAGGACGUUCGCACCAAUGAAGAGUAGCAGGAGAAAUUUCUUGAAGGGUUGAAUGACGAGUUGUUAGUCCAGCUCAUCUCUGGUGACUGCGAAGAUUUCCAAAUGCUAGUCGACAAGGCGAUCCGCCAGGAGGACAAGCACCGAAAGAUUGAAAGCAAGAAGCGUAAGUUGGCCAAUGCUAGGAUGUUUCAAGGACCAAGUCAGAAACCACGUUAUGCGUUUCCCCCUCAAGUUGGUUCUUCAUCGGUAGCACAGCGUGCACCCCGUCCACAGAUGAACAACAAGCUGCAGAACUCAGGAUGGAACAACAAUCAGCGUUCUGCCCCUGCCCAGGUUGGAUCGACACGCAGAGAUAGCUCUGGGAAGAUACUUGUGUGCUACAACAGCUAUGAGCCUGGACACUUCGCCGACAAGUGCCCAAAGCCAAAGCGUCCGCAAGCUCCUGCAUCUGCAUGCAAUGCCAACUAGAACAACAAUGGCAACUGCAACAACAACAACCUGGUGAGGGGACGUGUGAAUCAUGUCUCGGCUGAGGAGGCACAGGCUGCGCCAGAAGUCAUACUUGGUACGUUCCUGAUUAAUUCUGUUCAUGCAUGUGUACUUUUUAAUUCAGGAGCUACGCAUUCCUUUAUAUCAAGAGAUUUUGUGGCA